GAGCUAGGUAGUUGCCAAGGGUGACUGUCAGUCAUCCAUCAUAGGCGGGGCUUGUACGCUUGGGCCUAGACACGUCUUGACUUUGAGUGGCGUUUUGAGCCGUCAGGCCGUGGUUUUCCCACCUACAAAUAACACUAGAAUAAAAACAGUUCGUUUCAUCAGCUUUUUACUACGGCAAUUGACAGCCUGUUGAAGUCGUCCACGUGCUUGGUUUCCUUCAUCGUGUGAUUUGUUGGCUGAACCUGACAGGAUUUUCGCAAGCGGUGGAUUUCGGCGGCGAAACAUUUUUUGCCGUAAACGGUUAUGGAUGAGCAACAAAGGCUACAGCCUCACCACCAUCACCACCCCGGUAUGCAUGUCCCACACACAGCCACGCCAGGCCAUAUCGUUCACCAAGCUAGUAUGCUAGCCCAUAUGCAGCCAACGCAGCCACAUUCGGAGCAAGGUCCUCCACAGGACCAAGAAUCUAGAAAGCAAGAAAUUGGAGAUAUUUUGCAGCAGAUUAUGUCUAUAACAGACCAGAGUUUAGAUGAAGCACAAGCCAGAAAGCAUGCUCUAAAUUGUCAUCGUAUGAAACCAGCUCUUUUCAGUGUACUUUGUGAAAUAAAAGAGAAAACAGUGAAAAUCAAGACACUGGUUAGUUUUACCAUAAUUUGUCCAGUGUGAACAACCUUGGAAUAU